AUGACUGCAAGUGAAAUUGUGAAAAAACGCAAAUUAGAUUCGCCUAAUAGGGGCUCUCCGGCCGGUUCAAAGGUUUUCGCACCAUUCAGAGUGAUCGGUAAUAUCAGCAAUAGGACGCCUUUUGCCGUUGGAACCCUGGGAUCUACAUUCUACAUUGUUACUAGUGUGGGGAAAAGUUUUCAGAUUUAUGAUGCUAAUAACCUGCACUUGCUGUUUGUUUCACAGAAAGAGACAUCUUCGACUAUAACAGCUUUCGCUACGCACUUCCAUUACGUAUAUGCUGGUUUUGGUAAUCAGGUGGGAAUAUUCAGACGUGGAAUCCAGGAACAUUUGAUCGAACUAGAUGGUGAUGUGAUUGUACAACAAUUGUGUGUCUUUGGUAACUUUCUCUGUGUCUCGACAGAUGAUAACGCUGUUCACAUCUAUAAGAAAGCAUCAAACCAGGAUAAGUAUGCCACAGAAUUUUAUACAAAAUUGACUGUUGGUGAGUUGCAAGGUGGUGCCAUUGUCUCAUUAAUCCAUCUAGCCACUUAUCUGAACAAAAUUAUCAUUGUCACUAAAUCCAACUUAUUGUUAUUCAACAUCCGUACUGGCAAACUCCUUUACACAUCUGAUGAGUUUCCUGAUCAAAUUACAACUGCAGAGCCAGCUCCUGCGCUGGAUGUUCUGGCCCUGGGAACCGUCUCUGGGGAAGUGAUACUCUUCAAUAUGAGAAAAGGCAGAAGGAUUCGUACAAUUAAGAUCCCACAGGCCAGAAUUUCCUCAUUGUCCUUCAGGACUGAUGGUUCAGCACAUUUGAGUGUCGGAUUGGGUAACGGUGACCUGAUCUUUUAUGACCUGGAUAGGCGCUCAAGAAUUCAUGUUCUAAAGAAUAUACACAAGGAAUCCUUCGGCGGUGCCAGCAAAGCUUGCUUCUUGAAUGGACAGCCAAUUGUCGUGACAUCAGGUGGUGAUAAUCAGUUGAAAGAGUACGUUUUCGACCCUUCUUUAUCACAGCAAGAUGGUGAAGUUGUUGUUCAGCCACCAAGAUUUCUACGUUCGAGAGGUGGUCACUCUCAACCUCCAUCGUUAAUCACAUUUGCAGAUUCCAAUUCUCAUUUCCUGCUAUCAGCCUCUAGAGAUAGGUCACUAUGGGCUUUUUCGCUUAGAAAAGAUGCCCAAUCGCAAGAGUUGUCACAGAGACUUCAUAAGAAGCAGGAUGGUGGGAGAAUUGGAGGUAGCACUAUAAGGGAAAAGUUUCCUGAGAUAACUGCAAUGGCUGUAGAGAAUGCUAGGGUUGGUGAGUGGGAGAAUAUUUUGACAGCACAUAAAAAUGAUAAAGAUGCACGCUCCUGGGACAUGCGUAACAAGAGAGUUGGUCGUUGGACGUUUAAUACAACCGAUGAUGGUUUUGUAAAGGCUGUCGCUAUAUCGCAAUGUGGUAACUUCGGUUUUGUGGGGUCUUCUAAUGGAAGUAUAGUAAUUUACAAUAUGCAAAGUGGGAUCUUGCGAAAGAAGUACAAGUUGCAUAAGAAGGCUGUUACAGGAAUUGCCCUUGACGGUAUGAACAGGAAGAUGGUCUCCUGCGGUUUAGAUGGGAUAGUCGGAUUCUACGACUUUAACAAAUCAACACUUUUGGGUAAACUACAAUUAGAGGCGCCUAUUACAUCGAUGGUUUAUCAUCGCUCAUCAGAUCUAUUCGCCUUAGCUCUUGAUGAUCUUUCUAUCGUGGUCAUUGAUGCCGUUACUCAGAGAGUUGUUCGUCAGUUAUGGGGUCAUACCAACAGAAUUACAGCUUUUGAUUUCUCUCCAGAUGGACGCUGGAUUGUGUCAAGUUCCCUGGAUUCGACGAUUAGAACCUGGGAUUUGCCUACUGGUGGCUGCAUAGACGGUGUUAAGUUGGAGUCUGUCGCUACUAGCGUCAAGUUCUCACCCAGUGGUGAUCUAUUGGCUACCACGCAUGUCACAGGUUGCGGAAUUUGUAUCUGGACCAACAGAGCACAAUUCAAGGCAAUUUCCACUAGAACUAUAAAUGAGGAAGAAUUUACCAAAUUAUUGCUACCUAACUCUUCGGCAACUGGGGGUGGAUCAGCUCUAGAAGGUGCAUUUGACGGCUCAUCCGCCGAGGGUGACGACCAGGAUUUCACAAGCUACCAAUCAGUUGAUCAGAUAAGCGAAGGUCUUGUGACACUAUCCCUUGGCCCUAGAAAUAAGAUGCAUACCCUUCUUCAUCUGGAUGUCAUCAAACAACGGUCAAAACCAGUGGAACCACCUAAAAAACAAGAGGCCGCACCAUUCUUUUUGCAAUUGUCUGGUGAGAAAGUUGGUGACGAGGCAUCUGCGAGAGAGGGUGUCUCUCAGGAAAGUCCUGAGGCUAUCCAAAAGCGUCAAGAAAUGGAAGCUAAAUCACUGACAGCCGAAGAACAGCUUAAUAAGUUUAAACCAACUGGUCGUUUAGGUUUUGAGUCUAAAUUCACAAAGCUGCUUAGAGAAAGCUCUGAGAUAGGUGACUAUGCCAGCUUCUUGAAAUAUUUGAUUAGUCUUUCACCUGGAUCAGUUGAUCUCGAAAUCAGGUCACUAGAUUCAUAUGAGCCAUUUUCCGAGAUGAUUUGGUUCAUCAACGCUCUGAAACAAGGUCUUGAGUCGAAUAAGAACAUUGACCUAUAUGAAGCUUUCAUGAGCUUACUAUUCAAGGCCCAUGGUGACGUUUUACAUGCAAAUAAUCAGAAUGAGGACCUCAGGCUUGCGCUUUCGGAGUGGCAGUCAUGCCACACUGCAGGGGACAAUCUUGACAAUCUCAUUAAAUAUUGUGCUGGUGUUAUCAAUUUCAUAUCUGGUGUUUAG